AUGGCCAUCAUCACCGCUGUUAAGAGAGGUUUGCCAAAGUUAACCACAUCCGCUGCUUCAACAACCACCGCUACUUCAGUAGCAGCCGGUACUUCAACGACUGCUACUUCAGUCAGUUCUAUAACAUCUGUUGCCUCUUCUAAUUCUUCUGCCUCACUUUCAUCCACUUCAACAUCAUCUUCUAUCCUCUCUAGUAUUACUCCACCUUCCAAAAAUGGGAAUCCAUAUAUCAUAGGUACCAGCAGUGUGCCUAGUGGUACAGUUUUUAUUAUAGUGGGUGCCAUUGUGGGUGCAAUAUUUUUAGCAAUAUUAGUAUGGUGGACAAUGGUAACGUAUUCUUCACACAGGUUGACUAAAAGCGUUCAAGAUUAUGAGUCAAAAAUGUUCUCACCACAGAAUACUCAAUACUACGGCGACUCUCCAUACCAAGACUCUGCCAACGAUCAUUACCAAGAUGGUGUCCAUGAUUGUGAUGACAUUACUAGAGAUGAUUCCGUGAAAAUUGGGCUAAUUUCUCAGAAUGUGAACGAGAAGGUAACAUCACCGAUCGAUUUCGAAAGAUCUUUGUCUGGAUUAGUUUCAAAUUCGAACAGAAACUCCCUCUUUAUUUCGCCAACAGGUGAUAUUUUAAACAAGACAAGGCUAUCUAAGCUUUAUCAGGAAAGCCCUCGAUUGAUUCAAAAACCAUUCACAAUGACGAGUAACAGCGAAUCCUCAAAUUCUUUGGUUUCUACAGUCUCUUCAUCGUCUGUUUCGUCAUCUGAUAAUACCGAUGAGAAGAAAAUGGCGGAGGACAUAAAGAAACCCGCCAAAAUUGCAGUUUCGCCACAUCGGACACUACAGAGCUCACCAGGGAGUGAUAAUAGCUCUAAAAGCUCUCGCAGUAGGGGGAAUCUGUUAUCUGUGGAAGCUAGAAGAAAAGUUACACCCUCCACCUACCUAGAAGAUAUGUUAGAGGGUAAGGAAACAUAA